AUGUGCAGGUCCUUUGACUUGGGGACGCUACUGGCAUUUAUCACCUGGCUCCGCGGCGGCGGCGGCGGAAGGCGGCCCGGGCCCUGGCAGGCCCAUGGCGGCGGCGGGAGCGGCGCUCCCGGGCACGGAAGGGCCUCCCGCGGGCGGCGGCGCCGGGGCGCGGGCGGCGGGUCCCCGCCGGGCGGCUGGGCCGUGGCGCGCCUCGAGGGCCGCGAGUUCGAGUACCUGAUGAAGAAGCGCUCGGUGACCAUCGGGCGCAACUCGUCGCAGGGCUCGGUGGACGCGAGCAUGGGCCACUCGAGCUUCGUCUCGCGGCGCCACCUCGAGAUCUUCGCGCCCCCGGGCGGCGGCGGCGGCGGCGGCAGCCAUGGCGGGGCGGCCCCGGAGCCGUCGGCGCAGCCCGGGCCCGACGCGGGCGGCGACUUCUACGUGCGCUGCCUCGGCAAGAAGGACGUGUGCGUGGACGGCGUGUUCCAAAGGCGCGGGGCGCUGCAGCUGCCGCGCGUGUGCACGUUCAGGUUCCCGAGCACAAACAUCAAGAUCACGUUCACUGCCCUGUCCAGCGAGGGAGAGGGAGAAACAGGGAGCGCCCGAAUCCCCCGUGAAGCCCGUGCAGGCUCACAUCUCGCCGCUGACCAUCAGCAUUCCAGACGCCACGGCCCACCUCAUCAGUCCCCUCCUCUCGCCCACAGGAACCAUCAGGGCUGCGAACUCCGGUCCAUCCAGCCCCGGGGGAGCAGGGUCUUCAGGGUACAAAAUGGGCCGUAUGAUACCAUCCGACCUCAAUUUAAUGGCCGACAACUCACAGCCAGAAAGUGAGAAGGAAGCUUCAGGUGGAGACAGCCCAAAGGAUGAUUCAAAGCCACCUUAUUCCUAUGCACAAUUAAUCGUACAAGCAAUUACGAUGGCUCCUGAUAAACAACUCACCCUAAAUGGAAUUUAUACGCACAUCACGAAAAACUAUCCCUACUAAAGGACUGCGGACAAAGGCUGGCAGC